AUGCUGCUACUGCGUAAAUCAGGAGCAAUCAGUUUUGAAGAUAUUUUGACAGUAGAUGGAUUUAAAUGCAGUACCUUUCAGCAAGCAUGUCGAGAGUACGGUCUUCUUCAAGGUGACCAGCAGUGGCAUGAUGCCUUGAGCGAAGCCGCUCAAAUUCAAUCUCCAAAACAGUUGCGCAUGCUAUUUGCAAUGAUUUGUGGAUUUGCCGAAGUGGAAGAUGUUCCAGAUCUAUGGAGGCAGCAUCAAGUUUCUCUUUGUGAAGACUAUGUGCAUCAUUAUUCUGAAGAGACUGGACCUGACUAUGCACUUGCAGAUAUAGAGGAACUGCUUGCAUCAUACAAUCUGAGUCUCCAAAAGCUGCAUUUACCAGCUGUAAAUUUGCCUGCAACUGUUUUGAGCAAAGUAAACUUUGAUAUUGAGGAAGAGCAGGAGAAAGCUAAAAUUUACACUGAAAAAUUAAAUAAUGAACAGCGGUGUGUUGUUGAAAAGGUAUUACGUUCAGUGUACAACAACUCUGAAGACACACCCAAGUGUUAUUUUUUAGAUGGUCCUGCAGGAACAGGAAAAACCUUUAUUUAUUCAACUUUGCUUCACACAAUACGGGGUAGAGGUGAUCAUGUUAUUCCUGUUGCAUCAACAGGUAUUGCUGCAACCCUAUUAAAAGGAGGAAGAACUGCUCAUUCAGUUUUUAAAAUUCCAAUAGAUUUAAACGUAACAUCAACUUGCAAUUUGAAGCCAAAUACUAAAGAAGCAGACGUAUUGCUGAAAGCAAAGUUAAUUGUGUGGGAUGAAGCACCCAUGACGCAUGUCUAUGCUUUCUUAGCCGUUGAUAGACUGCUACAAGAUAUCACAAAUUGUAAAGAACCAUUUGGAGGCAAGGUCAUGCUAUUAGGUGGAGAUUUUCGGCAAGUUCUUCCUGUCAUUUUAAGAGGUUCUAGAACAUUGACUGUUGCCAGCUCCUUGAAAAAACACAAUCUUUGGCUAAAAUUCCAUAAAUUAUACCUCACAAAAAACAUGCGUACCCUCGAAUCGGAAAGAGAUUUUAGUACUUGGUUGUUAGACCUUGGAGAGAAAAAAAGUGGCUCAAUGGUUAAGUUACCUUUGCAAUGCUAUCCUACUGUGCAAAAUCCUAUACAGCAAUUGUACAGUGACAUAGAUUUCUCCACUGUCACUCCACAGGAGCUGAUAGGUCGAGCUAUACUUACUGUUACUAAUGAACGAUCCAUGGACAUCAACAAUAAAGUACUAGAAUGUAUACCAGGAAGCGAAACUGUUUACAAAGCAGUUGAUACGAUUAUCAGUGAAGACCCUCAAGAUCAGUUGACAUUUCCUGAAGAGUUUUUAAAUUCUUUGACACCUACAGGAGAGUACGCAGCUCAGCUCACGCAAAUGGAAAAAUACCAAGAAGAUGAAAAUUAA